AUGGAGCAGGCUGAGAGCGGCCGUGUAGGGGUGGGCCUGAUGGAUGCGGUGCCCAGGCCAGCCGUAGAUGAGCUGGAGGGAGCAUUCAUUCAAGAGUGGGCUGAGACGUCUUUUUGCUCCUGGGCAGGCUAUGAAAAGCUUGAUGCUGGGAGGUUUGCAUCUUCUGCCCUCCAUCCACUGCAGGACGGUGAGGGUUUCCCUCAAAAUGGGGUGUCACAUCUACCUCCCACCCCUCUCUCCUGCCACCCAGGCAUCAAAUGCGGCGGGGUGCUCUCGGCACCCUCCGGCAACUUCUCCAGCCCCAACUUCCCGGGGCCGUACCCCUACGAGACAGAGUGCACGUGGCUGAUCGUGGUGGCCGAGGGCUCCUCCGUCCUGCUCUCCUUCAGCCACUUUGAGCUGGAGUACCACGCCGCCUGCGCCUACGACUACCUCCAGGUCUACAACGGGGCCGCCCGCGACCGGGGCAACCUCCUGGGCACCUUCUGUGGCCACAGCACCCCGCCGCCCUUCGCCUCCGCCUGGCACGUCAUGGCCGUCGUCUUCCGCUCCGACCGCCACGUGGCCAAGCGCGGCUUCGCCGCCGCCUACCGCAAAGAUGCCUGCGGCGGGCAGCUGACAGGGCUGUCCGGGGAGAUCACCAGCCCGCGGUACCCCGAGAGCUAUCCCAAUGAUGCCGAGUGCCGCUGGAGCAUCGGGGCAGCUGGUGGCCCUGUCACCUUGGUCUUUGCCGACUUCCAGAUGGAGGGCGGCCAGGGCUGUGGUUUCGACUACGUGGCCCUCUUCGAUGGCCCCACUGCCUCUGCCCCCCGCCUGGGUCGCUACUGCGGCAGUGCCCGGCCGCCCCGCACCGUCUCCUCCACCCAGCACCUCCUCGUCCUCUUCAAGUCGGACUUCAACAUCGUGGGAAGGGGCUUCAAGGCUCAUUUCUACUCAGGAGAGUGCCAGGAAGUCUACACCGCCAUCAAGGGGAACUUCUCCAGCCCUCAGUACCCCAACUUCUACCCCAACAACCUCCAGUGCCAGUGGAGCAUCCAGCUGCCCCCAGGCUACCGGAUCAAAAUCUUCUUCUUGGACCUGGAGCUGGAGGCCCGGAGCAGCCUGACCGGAGGCUGUGACUACGACCGCCUGUCUGCCUUCGACGGUGGGGCCGAGAACGCCUCGCUGCUGGGGACGUGGUGCGGGCACGACAGCCCGGUGCCUGUCACCUCCCGCGGCCACCGGCUGCUGCUGGUGCUCCGCACGGACCGCAGCACGGCCAAGAGGGGCUUCUCCCUCGCCUAUGUUGGAGUCGUGCCCAUGAACGUCAGCUGCACGCGGACAGACUUCCACAUCCAGAUCCCCGUGCGGGCCCUGGCCCAGCUGGAGAGGAACAAGAUUUAUUUGGGGAUGCCCUCCUGUGCGGCCCACGUGGUCGGCUCCAACUUCAAGAUACACACCCGCUUCGACACCUGCGGCACCGAGUCCCAGAGACGGAACAACACCAACAUCAUCGUCAGCACGCUCUACAUCGACUUCUCGGCAGGCGACCAGGAGGACGUCCACCGGUACGAGGUGCAGUGCGAGCCGAAGAAGAAGGAGGCCGCGGUCACCCUCAUCGCCGGCCCUGGCCCACACCGGCUGAGCCAGGCCGAGAGCCUGGUGGAGGCCCAGCAGAGGGAGGCAGGAGGGGCGGACACCCGUGAGGCCAGGAGCCAGGACACCAGCGACAUCGUCUUCAUCAGCAUCUGCAUCCUGGCCGGGCUCCUCAUGGUCAUCGCCGUGGUCGGGCUCGUGCUGCUGUAGCGAACUCAUCCCUGCUCAGCUCGGAAAUGCCCCCCAAAAUUUUCCCUCGGCCCAGGCUUAGCACUAACGCAGCUGCUGAGACAGAGGCCCCGAAACGGAGCCCGAGCCCAGCCUCCACCUCCUCCCCGCGCCUGAGGGAUCUGGGCAAUAGGCAGCCGCUUCCCUUCCCCAUCGGUUUUCCUCUGUCUCUCAAUCUGUCCAUUUGGCUCGGGAACGCACUUCUCGUGCUCCGUAACUCUUCCCGCACCUGCUUCCAUUUAUUUUCCCUCUGGUGCCGCUACUUUCGGGAAAGUAACGUUGUUUGCCGAUGGCUGCAAAUAAUCCUGUCAAUUAUUUCUCGCUGAAUUCUUGAGCGCACAGACUACCCCCCAAAUAUAGCAAUAUUUCCAACAAAUAUUUUCCGUGCUCCCAUCCGUGCCUGUGUGGGUGCCAUGGAUCCCUGCUGGAGGCGGCUGCAGACGCCGACGUCUCCCCUUGGCACGCAGAGAUGGGCGCAGCGCAUGUAGGUGCUUCGGGGAGGUGUCUCCGGUGCCCAUAUGCGGUGUCUGAGCGGUGGGGAUGUGACGAGACGUGUUCAUCCUCGAGCUCCCCACUGCUUCUCCACGUGUCGUCUUCUCACAGGGCUUACCUGAGCGCUUCAGCCACCCAAAGGCUGGAGAAAAUGAGAGCAAUUUGUCCUUUCCCCUGUGCUUUCCUCCUUCCCAGUGUUCCCACGAGAGCACUGUGCCCCUCAAUCCUAAACCUGGGGGCAGAUAUCGCUGAGCACCCGGGGAAGUGGCUCUUACAUAAAGCAGGGCGAUGGGUCAGCUCCUUCUGAUUUACACCGACCCCUCGCUGGGGGCUGGAUGCUGCCAGCUCCAGCUCAGCAUCGCUCUCUCCUUGGGAUUUUGGUGUAAGGAAGGCUGGGAAAUGUCCUGUCCUGCCCCGAUGCAAAACAGGGACGGGCUGGAGACCACCCAGGGGCACCAUCCCAGGGGCAUGGUGCAGGACCGGCCCCAGUGUCCCCUGCCCCUGCACACAGGAGCUGGCCGACGGCACGUCCCCUCCCUGUCCCCAGGACGGGCAGGUCACCGCACUGGCACUUCCCAGGCUGGACAAAAGCCCCUUGUAGCCGGCCGGGGCAUGGGGCCGGAGCACAGGCUGGGCUCCCUGCCACCCUCCUGGCCUCGGACAACCUCUGGCCAUCAAUGGG